UGUGUGUCUGCGCGCGCGUGUGUGUGUGUAUGACUGCAGAGCUGCAGGGGCAGCAGAGGCAGACGAGAGAGAGCCCAAACUCUCCUUCACCGACACACACACAAACACACACAGGCAUAGUGAGGACCACCAUGGACUGGAUCGGGACAAGAGAGGACCGCGGAUGAGGACAGGACAGCCUGGCUUGUGUGCUUUUCGGAUUUUUUCCCUUUCUGUUGUUUUUCCCGCUGCUUGUAGAUACGUGGAUUUAACCCAUUGGGAGAUUUAACCCCGCGAUGGAAUAUUUGCACUCUUGUCAUUUUCUAAUCUUCCUCCUCCUCCUCUUCUCCUUCCUCCUCCAGCAGCAGCAGCAGCAGCAGCCAGCGAGGAUGCCAACAAGCGAUGCGUCUUUUGCGCACUUCCACCGCCAGCGACACUGACAGCGUCCGUGCUUUGCGACCUUUUUAAAGCCUUCAUAAACGCGAAAAGGGAGAAAGGAGGGGGAGGCAGGGAGGGAGGGAGGUGUAAAUCCAAUUGAACGCGGUGCUGCCAGGUUUUGAUGGUUCUCGCCUAGGGCCCGGAUGUACCGAGGGAUGCACCGGUGCGUUUUCCCGACCGGUUCCGCCGACAGAUCCCUCUUUUUUCUCGCCUUCAGCUCCAUCAUGGGGAUUAGGUAAUAUUCACUCCAUCCGAAGACACCCCCUCCCCGCUGGGAAAGCAACGGGAAUAUCCACAAGCUGUCAGACUCAUUCUUCCCUCCCCACCUUUUUUAUUUUGUUUUAUUUAUUUCAUUUCUUUCUUUUUUUUGAGGGGGGCCUCUCCCCCCCACCCUGUUUAAUCAAUUCACAUAUAGGAAUAACGCUGGACUUCAUUUAUGGUAAAUGAAAGCAAAAACAUGUACAUCCCGGAGGACACCCUUGAGAACCAUCAAGGCUCCGACUACUCCCCUCCUCCCCCCCUCCCUCGCCCGCCUCCCCCCGCCCUGACCAACGAGCACCCUGGGGACCACGAUGGAGGCGGGGUCAACCGCGGCGUGGUGGGUGUGGUGGGCCUGGCCCCCGAGCACAUCCCCACGCCGGGCGCCGCCCUGAGCUGGCAGGCCGCCAUCGACGCGGCGCGCCAGGCCAAGAUGAUGGGCAACGCGGCCUCGGGCGGAGGGGCGGGGCUGGCGUCGGGAGGAGGCGGGCCCAUCUCCACGGCCAGCUCCACGCAGAGGAAGAGGCAGCACUACAGCUCCAAGCCCAAGAAACAGACCACCACCACGGCCACGCGGCCCCCCAGGGCCCUGCUCUGCCUCACGCUCAAGAACCCCAUACGACGGGCCUGCAUCAGCAUCGUGGAGUGGAAACCAUUCGAGAUCAUCAUCCUGAUGACCAUUUUCGCUAACUGUGUGGCCUUAGCCGUCUACAUCCCCUUCCCUGAGGACGACUCCAACGCCACCAACUCCAAUCUGGAGCGCGUGGAGUACCUGUUCCUCAUCAUCUUCACCGUGGAGGCGUUCCUGAAGGUGAUAGCCUACGGCCUGCUCUUCCACCCCAAUGCCUACCUUAGGAAUGGCUGGAAUCUGCUGGACUUCAUCAUCGUAGUCGUCGGGUUGUUCAGUGCCAUCUUGGAGCAGGCUACUAAAGGUGACGGGGCCGCUCCCAUCGGAGGAAAGGCAGCGGGCUUCGACGUCAAGGCCCUGAGGGCGUUCCGAGUACUCCGACCCCUCCGACUGGUCUCUGGAGUACCCAGUUUACAGGUAGUUCUGAACUCCAUCAUCAAAGCCAUGGUUCCUCUGCUUCACAUCGCCCUGCUGGUCCUCUUCGUCAUCAUCAUCUACGCCAUCAUCGGCCUGGAGCUCUUUAUGGGCAAGAUGCACAAGACCUGCGUCCACGGGCACACAGGCACAGCAGCGGAGGAAAAACCGGCUCCCUGCGCCCCCGAUGGGGCUUACGGCCGCCACUGCACCCACAACGGCACCAAGUGCAAAAUGGGCUGGGAGGGCCCCAACGACGGCAUCACCAACUUCGACAACUUCGCUUUUGCCAUGCUGACCGUCUUCCAGUGCAUCACCAUGGAGGGCUGGACCGACGUGCUGUACUGGAUGCAGGAUGCUAUGGGCUAUGAGCUGCCAUGGGUCUAUUUUGUCUCUCUCGUCAUCUUCGGCUCCUUUUUCGUCCUCAAUCUGGUUCUGGGGGUGUUGAGUGGAGAGUUCUCCAAGGAGCGAGAGAAGGCCAAGGCUCGUGGUGACUUUCAGAAACUCAGAGAAAAACAGCAGCUGGAGGAGGAUCUCAAGGGCUACUUAGACUGGAUCACUCAGGCUGAAGACAUCGACCCAGAGAACGAAGAGGAGGGCCUGGAUGAUGACAAACCCAGAAACUUGAGCAUGCCGGCCAGCGAGAACGAGAGCGUCAACACAGACAACGCGCCAGGGGGCGACGUGGAGGGCGAGACCUGCUGUACCCGCCUAGCAAAUAGGAUCUCCAAAUCCAAGUUCAGUCGCUACUUUCGCAGGUGGAACCGGCUGUGCAGGCGCAAGUGUCGGGCGGCGGUCAAAUCGCAAGUUUUUUACUGGCUGGUCAUCUUCCUGGUUUUCCUCAACACGCUGACCAUCGCCUCGGAGCAUCACCAGCAGCCUCAGUGGCUGACAGACGUGCAAGACAUCGCCAACAAGGUGUUGCUAGCGCUGUUCACUGGUGAGAUGCUGUUGAAGAUGUACAGUCUGGGCCUUCAGGCGUACUUUGUGUCGCUCUUCAACCGCUUCGACAGCUUUGUGGUAUGCGGCGGCAUCCUGGAGACCAUCCUGGUGGAAACCAAGAUCAUGUCGCCUCUCGGCAUCUCCGUGCUGCGUUGCGUGCGAUUGCUGCGAAUCUUCAAAAUUACCAGAUACUGGAACUCUCUCUCCAACCUGGUGGCCUCCUUGCUCAACUCCGUGCGCUCCAUCGCCUCCCUGCUUCUCCUGCUCUUCCUCUUCAUCAUCAUCUUCUCCCUGCUGGGCAUGCAGCUCUUUGGCGGCAAGUUCAACUUCGAGGAGACGCGCCGCAGCACAUUUGACAACUUCCCGCAGUCGCUGCUCACCGUCUUCCAGAUCUUAACUGGAGAGGACUGGAACUCUGUGAUGUAUGAUGGCAUCAUGGCGUACGGUGGGCCGUCCUUUCCCGGCAUGCUGGUCUGCAUCUACUUCAUCAUCCUCUUCAUCUGCGGAAACUACAUCCUCCUCAAUGUCUUCUUGGCCAUUGCUGUGGACAAUCUAGCCGACGCGGAGAGCCUGACAUCUGCCCAGAAGGAGGAAGAGGAGGAGAAGGAGAGAAAGAAGCUGGCCAGGCUGGGUACUCCAGACAAGCGCCAUAACAACGAGAAGCCUCCACUGGAGGAGGAGAAGAGGGAGAAGAUCGAACUGAAGUCCAUCACGUCCGAUGGCGAAACCAACACUGCCACUAAGAUCAACAUGGACGAUUACUGCAGAGAUGAAAGUGAGGAGAAGAAUCCAUAUCCUGCUAAUGAUUACAUUGGUGAUGAGGAUGAUGAUGAACCAGAGAUGCCAGUGGGCCCGAGACCACGACCCCUCUCGGACAUCCAGCUGAAAGAGAAAGCCGUCCCCAUGCCUGAGGCUCGCGCCUUCUUCAUCUUCAGCCACACCAACAAGUUCAGGGUUCUCUGCCAUAAAAUUGUCAACCACAACAUCUUCACCAACCUCAUCCUCUUCUUCAUCCUGCUCAGCAGCAUCAGCCUGGCUGCAGAGGACCCGGUCAAGAAUGACUCCUUCAGAAACCAGAUUCUGGGCUAUGCAGACCACGUCUUCACUGGGCUCUUCACCAUAGAGAUCAUUCUCAAGAUGACAGCCUACGGGGCCUUCCUCCAUAAAGGCUCCUUCUGCAGGAACUACUUCAACAUCCUAGACUUGGUGGUCGUCAGCGUUUCCCUCAUCUCCUCUGGGAUACAACUAGACUUCUCGACGUCCAGUGCCAUUAACGUGGUGAAGAUCCUGAGGGUUCUCCGAGUGCUUCGACCUCUGAGGGCCAUCAACAGAGCCAAAGGCCUGAAGCACGUGGUGCAGUGCGUGUUCGUGGCCAUCAGGACCAUCGGCAACAUCGUCAUCGUCACCACGCUGCUCCAGUUCAUGUUCGCCUGCAUCGGAGUGCAGCUCUUCAAGGGCAAGUUCUUCUUCUGCACAGACAGCUCCAAGCAGACUCAGGCAGAUUGCAGAGGGUCCUACAUCAUGUACAAGGACGGCGACGUGGCCAAACCCGAACGAGCGCAAAGACACUGGAACAACAGCGACUUCAACUUUGACGACGUGCUGCAAGGCAUGAUGGCUCUGUUUGCUGUGUCCACCUUUGAGGGCUGGCCAGGGCUGCUCUACAAGGCCAUCGACUCUCACGCCGAGGACGUGGGCCCCAUCUACAACUACCGCGUGGUCAUCUCCAUCUUCUUCAUCAUCUACAUCAUCAUCAUCGCCUUCUUCAUGAUGAACAUCUUCGUGGGUUUUGUCAUCGUCACGUUCCAGGAGCAAGGCGAGCAGGAGUACAAGAACUGCGAGCUGGACAAGAACCAGCGUCAGUGUGUGGAGUACGCCUUGAAGGCCCGCCCCCUGCGCCGCUACAUCCCCAAGAACCCAUACCAGUACAAGGUGUGGUACGUGGUCAACUCCAGCUACUUUGAGUACCUGAUGUUCACCCUCAUCCUUCUCAACACCAUCUGUCUGGCCAUGCAGCAUCACGGCCAGACGAAGAACUUCAAUGACGCCAUGAACAUCCUCAACAUGCUCUUCACGGGGCUCUUCACCGUGGAGAUGAUCCUCAAGCUGAUCGCCUUCAAGCCCAGGGGGUACUUUAGUGAUCCCUGGAAUGUCUUUGAUUUCCUCAUCGUAAUUGGCAGCAUAAUAGACGUCAUUCUCAGUGAGAUCAACCCAGCUGACUCGUCCUCCUCUUCGUCCUCCUCCUCCUCCUCCUCUCACCCCCCUGUGGUAAGGCCAAUGGGGCUGCAGAACUCAGAAGAGAACGCCCGCAUCUCCAUCACCUUCUUCCGGCUGUUCCGUGUGAUGAGGCUGGUGAAGCUGCUGUCCCGUGGGGAGGGGAUCCGCACCCUGUUAUGGACCUUCAUCAAGUCCUUCCAAGCUCUACCUUACGUCGCUCUGCUUAUAGUGAUGCUCUUCUUCAUUUAUGCCGUCAUCGGCAUGCAGAUGUUUGGCAAGAUAGCGCUGCAGGAUCACACGCAGAUCAACAGGAACAACAACUUCCAGACGUUCCCUCAGGCCGUGCUGCUGCUCUUUAGGUGUGCGACAGGCGAGGCAUGGCAGGAGAUCAUGCUGGCGUGCUCGCCCAACAAGACAUGCGAGAAGGGAUCCACCAAUGAGAACAGCACCACCCACGAGGACUGCGGCAGCCAGUUUGCCAUCAUCUACUUUGUCAGCUUCUACAUGCUCUGUGCCUUCCUGAUCAUCAAUCUAUUCGUGGCUGUCAUCAUGGACAACUUUGACUACCUGACACGUGAUUGGUCCAUCCUGGGGCCGCAUCACCUUGACGAGUUCAAGAGGAUCUGGGCCGAGUACGACCCGGAAGCAAAGGGAAGGAUAAAGCACCUGGAUGUGGUCACCCUGCUCCGAAGAAUCCAGCCUCCACUUGGCUUUGGAAAGCUGUGUCCUCACAGGGUCGCAUGCAAGCGUCUGGUGUCCAUGAACAUGCCUUUGAACAGCGAUGGCACCGUCAUGUUCAACGCCACCUUGUUUGCGCUGGUCAGAACCGCACUGAGGAUCAAGACGGAAGGUAAUCUGGAGCAGGCCAACGAGGAAUUGAGGGCCAUCGUGAAGAAGAUCUGGAAGAGAACCAGCAUGAAGCUCCUGGAUCAAGUAGUGCCCCCUGCUGGCGAUGACGAGGUUACCGUUGGAAAGUUCUACGCCACCUUCCUCAUUCAGGAGUAUUUCCGCAAGUUUAAGAAGAGGAAAGAACAAGGCCUGGUGGCCAAGGUGCCGCCAAAAACUGCCCUCUCUCUGCAGGCGGGCCUGCGGACUUUGCACGACAUCGGCCCAGAGAUCAGGAGGGCCAUCUCUGGUGAUCUGACCGUGGAGGAGGAGGUAGACAAAGGCCUGAAGGAGCCCGUGUCGGCUGCUUCCGAGGACGAUAUCUUCAGGGUAAAGCGCUCAGGCGGCUUGUUCGGCAACCACGUCAACUACUACAACCAGAGCGACGGGCGCGCCUCCUUCCCGCAAUCAUUCACCACACAGCGCCCGCUGCACAUCAGCCAGAAGGGCUCGCCCUGCGAAGGCGAGAGCCCGUCCCACGAGAAGCUCAUGGACUCCACCACCUUCACGCCGUCCUCGUACUCCUCGUCGGGCUCCAACGCCAACAUCAACAACGCCAACAACACAGGCGUGACGGGCGGGGUCGCGCAGGGCAUCGGCGGCCGCUUCCCGAGCCCGUCCGUCAGCACCGUGGACGGCUACACGGGGCCGCCUCUCACGCCCAUCCUGCUGCCCCGAUCAGCCUGGUGCUUCCCUCCAAAGAGGAGCCAUUUUUUUGACAACCUCAUUCGCUCCGACUCCAGCGACAGCCGCCUGCCCAUCAUCCGGAGAGGCGAGGGCUCAACGGAGGAGACGUACGACGAGAGCUACGCAGACGAGAGGGACUUCCACGAGGACGACCAUUCGCUCUCCUCUGACAUGCUGGUGUACCGCGACGACACCUGCAAGCAGCUGACUCCCAUGGAGGAAGGACAGGACGUGGAGGACAGAAGAGGAGGAGGAUGGCAGUCUCCCAGGAGAGUCUUCCUCUGUCCCACCUCUUUAGGGCGGAGAUCCUCCUUCCAUUUAGAGUGUCUGAGGAGGCAGUCCAGGCCAGACGUCUCGCAGAAGACGGCGGUGCCGCUGCACCUAGUACAUCACCAGGCUCUGGCGGUAGCCGGGUUGAGUCCGCUGAUAAGGAGGAGUCACUCGCCCACCCUUUUCAGUCGGCUGUGCUCCACGCCUCCGUCCAGUCCCACAGCGCAAGGCAGCAACACCUCGUAUCAGCGGGUGCCUUCGCUGAGGUUAGAGGGCUCCAACUCGCACGAAAAGCUCAACACCAGCUUGCCCUCGGUCAACUGCGGGCCCUGGUAUAGCGACAGUAACGGGAACAGUCGGGUUCCAAGCCCUAGCCCCGCCUCCGGUAUUCCGGCGACCAGUCAGAGAGCGCCACGGCCGGUGUCGCUCACAGUGCCCUCGCUACUGGGGACAGACUCCAGCUCUCAUGGCAGUGCCGGAAGUCUGGUGGAGGCGGUGCUAAUAUCAGAAGGCUUGGGCCAGUUCGCGCAGGACCCCUCCUUCAUCGAGGCCACCAAGGCCGAGCUGGCCGACGCCUGCGACAUGACCAUUGAGGAGAUGGAGCACGCCGCCAGCAACAUCCUCAACGGCAACACCGCCGGCGCCGCGUCCACCACUGCCUCUCAGCACAGCCCCAACGGCAACCUCCUCCCCUUCGCUGCUGCCACCACACACAGGGACCAAGACGGCGGAGAGAGCGCCGCGAGCAGGGGCUCCAUCCAUGGACCGUCCUCUGUGGAGGAGCGGCAGGAACUGCUGGCGGGGGGGCGGGGCCAGGAGGAGGACAAGGAGGAGGAUGAGGCGGAGCUAAGGAGCUCUGCUGUGAUUAGAGGAGGGCGGCAGAGGAACAGCGGGCUGUUGGAGGACGAGGACAUGGAGUGUGUGACCAGUUUGUAGGGCGUUUGCUGGACAGCUUAGACCGCCCCCGUGCCCCCUCUCUCACACACACACACACACACACACGCACAUGGACACACACACACAGUCUGCCUCUCCUCUCCGAACAAUGGCAGCCAGUGACGCGACUUCUUUGUACGUCUGAAUGUUUGUAGUAAAGUAUAUCACACUAUACUCUAUAUUAUCAGAGUGUACGCUUGUGUGUGUGUGUGUCCUCUUUGUACGCACAUUACAGUGUGUGUGUGUGUGUGUGUGGUGUGCGCGUGUGUGUGUGUCUCUAAAGUGCCUCACAGUUCUAUCACGUCCUCAAAGUGUGACGAGCAAAGCAGACGAAGGGAAAGGGGAAAAAGAAGCCGUUUGUCGCCCUUAUUUUUCUGCUGUCCGUCUGGCCGCCAUUGUGGCGGCGGGGGACGGUGAGUGCGAAGGCGGACGUACAAGAGAUUAAAGGCCAACCCCUCCUCCUCACCGAUGAUGAAGAAGCGCUGUAUCAUUUAAAAAAAAAAAAAAUUCUCCCUCGUCCUCCUUUUCCAAAGCUAAAGGGGCGCCCCCACCAGAGGGGGCGGGGCAAGGCGAAGGGCGGAACAACACACAAAAAAACGGCUGACAAACUUUGAGCGACACCUCCAACUGGCUUCCUUUGCUGCUUUACUUUGCCCACUUUUCCUUUUCUCCUCAUACCUCACCCAUCCCCUCCCCCCUGAUAUUUUGUUUUGGGGGAGUGUUUUUGAACAGGACUGUCAGUCAUUCCCCCUCCCCACGGGAUUGGAUGGCGCUCGCUCCACAAGCCACACCCACUCUAUUUAACCUGGCUCGCCUUUUUGUUUUUCUACUCGUCCUGUUUGAAUUUAUCCUUGAUUUGUUUGCACAAUCGGGGUGCUGGUCUUUAUCAUUGUGUUCAUUUUAGGUGAAUUGUAAGCGGUUUUAAGUGGGUCUGUGUGUGUGUGUGUGUGUGUGUGUGUGUGAAUGAAUGUUCUUUCUCUCGAUCAGUAUGCACCUUUUACAGAUUGUAUCUAUUUAUUUAUUUAUUUUCCCAGAAGAGAGAAGAGUGUGUGUUUUGAGUGGUUACUUAUGUACUCUUUACAAGAAAAAAAGAAGCAGAUUUUUAGUAAUUUAAGGUAGCAUUACAAGGACGUUGUGUGUGGGUGUGUUUGUGUGUGUGGUAGUAGGCCUCCUAACAGGGUUACCACGGACAGGCAUGCUUCCAGAGCUCUAGUUUCGCUUUUAAUCAUCUUUUUUUUGUUCUUGUUGGGGUUUUUUUUAAUUUCGAGGUUGGCAGGGGUGCAUUUGGCCGUAACACACUGUUAUUAUUAUUAUUAUUUUUACUGAUAAUUAUCUCCAAAUGAACUCUUAGGGCUGAUUUAAAAGAUGCUGCACGAAUCCCACAAUGAAACAUUCAUUUGAUUUCAUAAGUAGGUGUGUUAUUAGUAGUAGUAUUUGGUUUUUUGGCAGUUUAUCUCGAAGUAGCAAGAAGGAGCAGUCAAGAGAGCACCCCCGCUGGCCACUUGUGGUACAUUACACCAUACAAAAACAUGAAAAGCAGUUUCUUUCGUUGAAAGGCAUACAAUUACGGCUUCAGUGAUGUAGUAGUUCACACUCCACACCAGUAGAGGGCAGCAUUUACCCCAAUGAUGGCUGUUGAUGUUAAAGUGUUGAAGUGUAAAGAAAGUGAUAUUACACGCCACUUUCACUUCACAAACAAGGUGUUUGACAUUCCUCCAAGAAGACACGGCUCUUCUUUAAAGUAUUGCAACGUGAAUUCAGCACCGUUUUACCUGUGUUUUUGGCAGGCAAGCGAACACACCACCACCACACUGCCAGGAACUUCAUAAUUAUGCAAACUAACUGUGAAUGUGAUGUGCGUGUGUGUGUGUGUGUGUGUGUGUGUGUGGCUCCAAAAGCACUGUUUUUAAUUAUUUAUUAUUAUUAUUAUUAGCUACAGCAAUUUUUUUCCAGCGUAUAGGCAAUUAAGUGGACGUGUUUGCUUCUAGCUGCGGGUUAGUAUAGUUCAUUUAAAUUUAAAAGACACAUCCUGUCAUUUCAUUGAUUUACUUGAAGGCCCCGGUGACUAUUCCUUGAAAUUGUGUUGAGAAAACUCCAUUUUCCAGAGAAAUCCUGUCCUGUAAUAGCAGGUGUCCGUUGAGAGAUUUGUUUAACGCCCCCGUGUGGACAGGAGUAAUGAUUGAUGCGUGUUUUCCCUGCAUCCCACAAGAUAUGCAAAAACAAUGCAAUAACUGGACUGUCUGCAAGGUGCCCCGGCGUACAUGAGAGGGUGUAUAUUCUAGAAUAUGCCAGAGAAACCUAACAUACUUGAAAUCAGGUGAGAUGCAGUGUUGUAGAAAUAGUGAUGGAUGAUGUGUUGAUGUACCUGAUUUUAUUUAAUUUUUUGUGGUUGUUUGCUUGCAGACCCCUGAAUGGCUCACUUUGACUAAUUUGUGUUGCAUGAGGCGGACGUAGCGGCCGAGGCGUCAGCAUCACGGUUAGUGUACAUACACGGCCAUUUUUCAACAAAGAGGUGCUUUUGCAUAUCUUGGGAAAAGGACAGCAGGUGUUUUAUUGUGAAAGGGCUGCUCCAAGUUAAAUGUUAGCCAUUACAUAUAAAGGGAAGUGAUGACUGAGUAGAUAUUUACAUUUGAGGGCCAAAUAUUUUUAAAUAAAUGGUGAUGAAUUCCUUUUUCGGGAUACAAUAGAUGUCACAUGAAUGUGUUGGCAGGAAAGAGGCCCAUAUUUGGUCAUGUUGCAUGAUGGGAAGCAACCCCCAUGUUAGCAAAAGACGGAGAAGGUUUUAUUAUGAUGACCUUCCUGCAUGGCUUUAUCGCUCUGGAGCAGGGAUGGACUCACCCCUUUUAUCCGAUGUGAGGAAAAUCAAUGCAGAGGUGUCCAAAGUGCGGCAUGGGGGCCAUUUUCGGCAUGCACUUCAUUUUUUAUUGGUCAGCGGGACAUGGUUGUGUUUUAGUCUAUUUGUAGUCUAUUUUUACUUAUUUUUAUAACAUCCUUAAAGUACAUCACUUGCAUAAAUCAACAGAUUUAAUUCUGUCUGAUAAUUAGAAUAUCCCAACAAUAUAUCACACUACUAAUAAAAUCAAUUCAUUUCGAUGCGGCCCUCAGCAGAAAUACUCAAUAAAAUGUCAAUCAUUUCAAAAGGAAAUACUUGUAGUUAUAAGAAAAAUAUUAAAUGAAUGUAAAAAAUAAAUACUGGUACAGUAGUUUGGACACCCGUGCAUUCAUGAAUCCAUGAAAUGUUAUUUUGGAAAGUAAUGGGAGGGAUGUCUCCCUCGCCAGCCGCAGCAAGCAGGGACAUCCAUGUAUCAAUACUCCCAUCCCUGCUCUGGAGGGCUGUACAAUGGAUACCCUACAUGUGAAUAACGACUAAUAUUGCCUCACCACAGGCCAAUGAUUGUAUAUUUUUAUACAGCAUAUCCACUAUAAGAGAAUGUUAAGGAAUUAGAGGCUAAGGGAAUGUAUUUACGCCUCGGCAUGAAUUUAUUGGACAUCCCCCACUUGAAAUGACUUAUUUUCUCACCCAGAGGAAUAUUGUGUUUAUUGAAGGGGUAUCAUAGGAGGAUUUGGGGGUAUUACAGCACUGGAAUAUGAGGGAAAUAAGUGAUUUAAGGCACCAAAAUAAAGAUUUUUGUGUUUUCUGUGCGUGUGCUAGCCAUCCUCCUACUGUAGCACACCUCUUGAAGACUAUUCAAUAUCAUGAUGAUGAUUUGAGCAGACCAAAAAAGGACUACACGUCUCUAUGCUGUCAUUUAGGGAACUAAUGUAGCCUCUUUUGCAGUAUUUUGCAUAUUUCCCCUCCAGUACGUUUCAUUGAGGACGGGAGUGUACAGAUUUUUUUUUGCGCUAGGGACGGUCCAAGCUUGGAAAGAGAAGUGUCAUAUAUAGAAUGCUAGUUUCUAUUAUUCUAUUUUAGAUAUGAGAUGGAGAGAUGCUAUACAUUAUAUGGAGGUUAACAGUGCAAUUCAGCGAUUUUCUGUGUUCAAAAUCAACACAUUUUGUCGACUUUUAUUGGCUUUUCCAAUGGCACGCCCCCUGAUAAGUUUCCUUUUAUGGGUGGGAGAGCGUUUGCAGUGCAUGCGCAGAAUGGUUUCAAAACAACGACCAAAAGAAAUAUGAUCCGUGUAACUUUAUUUCCUGUCACACAGUUGCUAUGCACAUCAUCAUCAUGUAGCAACUGAGGCGUGCUUAAUAUUAUGAGUUUUUUUUCACCAGUUUUCAGACAAAGAGUGGUGCACGUGUGUGUAAGGGAAUGUGUGUGCAGCUUUAAUGAGCUUUAAUGAGCCUUUGUUGACUUUUUUCCUCGUUUUUUGGUACUUUUUAAAGCUAAACAAGCCGUGGGAAGUGUGCUGUGAGGCGUUCAAAGACCAAUUACUUACAUGAUGUAGUAUUGACUGGCAUGGCGCCGCUUGUUUACGGUCGACAGCUGAGCUAGAGUGUGUUUGUUAGCAUUGGAGGGCGGGCAGACAUGUUGGAAUGAACACAAGCCACACCCCCUCCCCUGCGUGAGGGGUUCUCAUUGGUCGCCUGCAUGUUUGACGCACCCUUCUUCUUCUUCUUCUCUUUUUCUAAGGUUUUGUUUUCCAGUCAUUUCAUUUUAGACUCUAGAAAAAGGGAAAGAAUACGACCGAAAUCAGAAUAUUAACUCAAUCACUUUUUCUACUCCUAUUUUCCAAAAAAAACAAACAAACGUGACAAAACGCCAAACAAAAAUUUGUAAAUAAAGUCAAGUGUACAGUUUGUAUCUGUAAGUCGUCAGUCUGUCAUUGGUGACAGAGUCUGUCUUGCUUAUAACGCACGCUACCAGUAAAUAACAACAGAAAAAAAAGUAUAUUUAGACUGUAUGGUCCCCUUGAAAGCAAGUUUUAAAUUAAUAUCUGAUGUAUAUUCCUGUAACAUUGCAUUUUUAUCGGAGGAAUGAUGUUAU